AUGGCUAACCAAGUUUUUCAAAAUAUUGAUGGACACUCUACAAAUCGGCCUCCUUUCUUUGAUGGUACACAUUAUAACUAUUGGAAGGCUCGGAUGAUGAUAUAUGUUCAAUCCAUUGAUUACAAUAUUUGGGAGGUUAUAGAAUAUAGUUCAUAUGUUCCCACUAAGACUAUUAAAGUAGACAGUAGACCGGACCAAUCUCUCCCCAAAUUUAGAGAAGAAUACGAUGAUGAAGAUAAGAGAAAACUAUCAUUAAAUGCCAAGGCUAAAAAUUUACUUUAUUGUGCACUUGAUAGAAAUGAAUUUAAUCGAAUUAAUACAUGUGAUUCGGAAUAUGAUAUUUGGCAUGCUCUUGAAGUUACUCAUGUUGGUACAAGUUUUGAUCAUAAAUUUACUAACGGUGAACUUGUGAGUAAAAUGCUUAGGUCUUUAUCGGAGGAAUGGAGUCCAUUGAGGAUGUUGAUCGAGAAUACUAAGGAUGUAAAUAAAUAUCCUUUGGAAGAGCUCUACGGCACAUUAAUGACCUAUGAGCUAAACAAUGUCGAUGUUAAGGAGAAAAUGAGAAAAAGCAAGGAGGAAUCCAAGGAGCCUCCUAAACGACAAAUUGCAUUAAAAUUGACAAUUGAAGAAGGAACAUCAAAUGAAAAUAUGAUCGAUGAAGAACUUGAUGAUUUGGUUCUUCUUGCCAAAAAAUGGAAAGGUCUUCGUAAUAAUAGAAGAUUCCAAAAGAAAGAAGAAAAAGGUGAAGAUAGGAACAAAAAGAUUGUUUUCUAUGAUUGUGACAAGUCGGGUCACAAGAGAACCGAGUGUCCAAACAAAAAGAAAAAUUUCAAGAAAAAGGCACUCCAAGCCACAUGGGAUGAUAGCGACAACGAAGAACAAAAUGGGAAUGAUAGUCAAGAUGAAGUGGCAAAUAUGUGCUUCAUGGCAAUCAAAGACGAGGUACCGAAGAAAAUAAAAAGUAAGUGGUUCUUGGAUAGUGGAUGCUCGAAGCAUAUGAUCGGAGACCGAUCAUUAUUCUCAAACUUUCAAGAGAAGGAUGGAGGCCAUGUGACCUUUGGAGAUAAUACCAAAGACAAUUUGGGAAAAUUCAACUCCAAAUCCGAUAUUGGAAUUUUCUUGGGAUAUUCAUCGACUAGCAAAGCAUAUAGAGUUUUUAACAAACGAACUCUAGUCGUUGAAGAAUCCAUGCAUGUUACUUUUGUUGAAACUAACUCAUCUGAUCGAGAGAAAGGUAGUGAUCACGAUGUAGGUUUGGAAGCUCCUUUCGAACAAAUGAAAAUUCAAGACCAAAAUAAGGAGGCACCAAAUGGAGACAUAGAAAAGUCAAAUGCUCAAGAAAAUGAAGAAAGACAAAAUGGAGAACAAAGUGAUCUCUCGUUACCAAAAGAAUGGAGGUUUGUUCCAUCUCAUCCCAAAUAG